AUGACAACUCAAGUCGACCCCGAGGCUCUUGCUCGAAGUACUGAGCAAACGCCGCUUCUAGCGGACCAGCCAACGCCGGAGAUAAAUGAAGCCGGUAAUGAGCCGGACGCCGAGCCGGCUCCGGAGAAAAGGCCGAGGAGCUGGUAUGCCUGGAGGAUAUUCUGGGCCGUGCUUGCGAUAGUGGUGCUGGCGGUUUUUAUCAAGGGCUGGAUUGAUGCAGAUGAGACUGAGUUUGAUCUUAAGAAGGCCCUCAAACGGGCUCUUGGAGGAGGACUCAGCGGUGCAGCUGCCAUGGUGCUGCAAGUUCUGCUACUAAUGCCUCUACGGACAAUUAUGAACUACCAGUAUCGCCAUGGCACGUCCUUCGCUGUUGCCACGCGUACUCUUUACACUGAGGGCGGAAUCCGCAGAUACUACCAAGGAAUUGCACCUGCGUUGUUUCAAGGCUUGCCCAAUCGCGCGAUUCGGAGAUACAGCUGCGAACGCUGGUAUUCUCGCGUUACUCCAGUCAAACCCCUACCUCAAGAAUCUGCCAUCGCCAAUCAAGACCAUUUUUGCGUCUCUAUGGUAAUUUGGAGUCCGCUCGUAUUCCAAGGUGGAGGCUCAUUACUUCCCAGUGCCGCUGCGUUCCGCAUGAUCCUCACUCCCAUUGACACCUUGAAGACAACCCUUCAAGCUCAGGGUGCCCGUGGAACAGCCCUUCUGAGACGCCGUAUAAAGUCCAACGGAAUUGGUAGCUUGUGGUGGGGAGCUUUUGCUACCGCUGCUGCUACCUUUGUCGGUCAUUAUCCUUGGUUCGCAACAUACAACUACUUGUCCGAGGUCAUUACUGAGCCCUCCAGACAUCCCCUUUUCUGGUGGUUGCUCCGCCUUGCGUUCAUCGGCUUCUGCGCUUCCAUCGUCUCCGAUUCCAUCUCCAACUCAUUGAGAGUUGUCAAGACUUAUCGACAGGUCAACGACACCAAGGUCUCAUAUGCCGAAGCUGCACGCGCUGUGGUCAUCCAGGAUGGGGUCAUCGGCCUCCUUGGACGUGGACUCAAGACUCGCAUCUUGGCCAAUGGCCUUCAAGGCAUUCUCUUUUCUAUUCUCUGGAAACUGUUCCUAGAUCUGUGGGAGAAGAAAACCUAA